AUGUCCAUGUCCCUGGGUCUAGGUAAGUUUCUUGUCUCUCUGUUUGAGGUGGUCGUUGCUUUGGAAGCAUCCUGUGUCAGCCAGGGAGAUGCUCGCUGUCCAGGUCGAGGGUUCCACCAAGCAGCACCUGUUGCAACAGGGAGAGAGUUUAACCGGCAGCAGACAGCGAACGCGUCGCUCACCCGUGAGUGGCUGCAGGAUAGGAUGCCCUCGGCUUCUUUAUUAGUUUAUUUGCUUUUAGCACUACUCAUUCGUUUCACAUCUGGAGACACAGAAGUGAAGUUCAGUGGACAGACAGAAUUUGUAGUUAAUGAAACAAGUACAACUGUUAUACGUCUUGUAAUCGAAAGGACAGGGAAGCCUGCUAACAUCACAGCCAUUGUGUCGAUUGAUGGAGAAGACACAGGAGACUUUUUUGACACGUAUGCAGCUGCAUUUAUACCUGAUACAGAAACAAACCGAACAGUGUAUAUAUCUGUCUGUGAUGAUGAUCUUCCAGAGGCCGACGAGACAUUCACAUUUUACUUGACACUAGCAAAACCAUCUGCAAGGAUAAAGCUUGGCUCACCCAAAUCUGUCACUGUAACAAUCUUAUCAAAUGACAAUGCCUUUGGAAUAAUUUCUUUUAACAUGUCUGCCUUAAUCACAGUGAAUGAGCCCAGGGGCAGAAAUGAAUUUGUGCCUCUUACUCUAAUUAGAGAGAGGGGAACCUAUGGGACGGUCAUCAUAACUUUUGAGAUAGAAGAUGGACCAAACCCAGCUGAAGAAGACUUAAGUCCCUCUAGGGGAAAUAUUACAUUUACCCCUGGGAGAUCAAUGCUGAUUUAUAAUUUAACAGUUCUUGACGAUCAGAUACCUGAAAAUGAUGAGCUGUUUGUCGUACAUCUGAGGAGCGUGGAGGGAGGGGCUGAAAUCAACAACACAAGAAAUUCUGUUCAGAUUAAUAUUAAGGAAAACGACAGUCCUGUGCAUUUUGUUCAGAGUGCUUACGUGGUGCCUGAGGAAGCUGAUGUGGUAGCAAUUCAAUUGGUUCGUGGUAAGGAUGUCAGUGGAAAAUUGAUUGGGCCUGAUGAACAUGAAGUCUCUGUCAGUUACGCCAUCAUAACUGGGAAUUCAACAGCACACGCACAGCUUAAUGUAGACUUCCUAGAUCUACAGCCAAAUACAACUAUUGUUUUCCCACCUCUAGUUCAUGAAACUUACAUGAGGUUUAAGAUCCUUGAUGAUGCCAUACCAGAAAUUGCUGAGACCUUUCAGAUUAUGCUUCUUAAGGACACUUUGCAGGGAGAUGCUGUUUUGGUUAAUCCAUCUGUUGUUCAUGUCACCAUCCAACCGAAUGAUAAACCCUAUGGAGUGCUAUCAAUCAACAGUAUCCUCUUUGCACAGACAGUUAUCAUUGACGAAGACCAAAUUUCAAGGUUUGAAGGGAUCACGAUUGUAAGAAAUGGUGGAACACACGGAAAUGUUUCUGUUACCUGGGUUAUCAUCCGAAAUAGCAGUGAUCCCUCACCUGUGACUGCAGACCUCAUUCCGGAGACCGGGGAGAUAUUUUUUGAUCAGGGUCAGAUGCUCGUAACGCUUCCUCUGAACAUUAUUAACGAUGAUAUGCCUGAAGAGGCAGAGCCCUAUCUUCUGAAACUCUUAGCUCAUACAAUACAGGGAGGUGCAGAAGUCAGUGAACCAUCUCAGCUUCUGUUUUACAUUCAGGACAGCGAUGAUGUUUAUGGACUAAUAAAAUUUUACCCUUUGGAGAAUCAGAAGAUUGAAAGUAAUCCAAUGGGACGCUUUUUAUCCUUGAGUUUUGCAAGGGAGAGAGGAACAGUGGGAGAUGUGCAAUUGGUUUAUACUGCAAUGUAUAUUCCAGCUGGAGCUCUGGAUCCUGCGAGAGCGAAAGAAGGCAUUCUAAAUAUGUCUACAAGAAGCAUUCUCAUGUUUCCAGAAGGAAAAACACAAGAUACUUUAAAUAUACCAAUAAGAAAUGAUGCAUUUCUUCAGAAUGGUGCUCACUUCCUCAUACAGCUGGAAAAAGUUGAGCUGGUGAAUAGAAUUCCCCUAGUCCCACCUCUAAGUCCUAGAUUAUGCGAGAUUCGAAAUAUUUCUCUAAGGAUUACUCCAGAUAUUGCAAACGGAGAAAUAGGGUUUAUUAGCAAUCUUCCAAUUAUUCUUUCUGAGCCAGAAGAUUCCCCUGCUACGCUGGUUUCCAUUGCACUGCAUCGAGAUGGGACUGAUGGUCAAGCAACAGUUUUCUGGAGUUUGAAACCCUCCGGUCUCAAUCAAAAGGCAGUAACCCAUGAUGAUAUAAGUCCUUUUAAUGGCUCCGUUGUUUUCUUAUCUGGACAAAGUGAUACUACAAUCAACAUUACUGUUAAAGCUGAUGAUAUACCUGAAAUGAAUGAAACUCUCUUACUGACUUUGGACAGGGUCAGUGUGGAAAAUCAAAUACUGAAAUAUGGGUUUACAACUUGUGAAAUUAUUAUUCUGGAAAACGAUGACCCAGGAGGAGUGUUUGAAUUUUCUCCUUCUUCUAGAGGUCCCUAUAGUAUCAAGGAAGGGGAAUCUGUUGAACUACAGAUUGUCCGGAGUAGAGGAAGUCUCAUCAGGCAGUUUCUACGCUACACUGUAGAACCAAGAGACAAUAAUGAGUUUUAUGGAAGCACAGGAAUUCUGGAGUUUCAGCCUGCUGAAAGAGAGAUCAUAAUUACUCUUCUGACAAGGAUGGAUGGGAUUCCAGAGCUGGAUGAGAUAUAUUCCGUAGUACUUAGUGGCUACAGUGAAAUGCCGGGCAAGUUGGGGAAUGCCACAAGGGUCAAUAUAACCAUUCUGAAGAAUGAUGAUCCACAUGGUGUCAUUCAGUUUCUACCAGAUGAACUAUCAGUAACAAUACAGGAAAGUAAAGAAGAAAUCAUAUAUGCUGCGACUUACAGAGUUAUAAGAAACCAAGGAAACUAUGGCAAUGUUAGUGUGUCUUGGGCUGUUGACCCAGCAUGUACUAAUGACAUCUAUCCAGAACAAGGGAUGAUUUUCUUUGAUAAUCUGGAGUUUUCCAAAAAUAUCACCAUUUACUCACUGCCGGAUGAGGUACCUGAGGAGAUGGAGGUAUUCAUCAUCAGCUUAUUCAGUGCUACCAAUGGAGCCAGGCUGGGAAAUAUGACCAGUGCAAUUUUACAGAUUACAAGGAAUGAUGAUCCCGUUUAUUUUGCAGAGCCUCUGACAGUGAGCGUUAAAGAAGGAAGUGUUGCAGACUUCACAGUCCUAAGGAAUGGAUCUGCUGAUGUUGCUGUUGCUGUCCAGUAUAUUACUGUUAAUGGAGAUGCAACAGCUGAAGAGGGAGAUUUUGUUCCCAGUGGAAAGAGCAGUGUCAUUUUGUUUGAUAUUGGAGAAAGAGAGCAGAAUUUAUCUGUGUAUACUAAUGAUGAUGAUACCCCUGAAACUGAUGAAACAUUUUAUAUCUUCCUUUUGAAUUCUACAGGGGAUACUGUUAUCUUUAAAGCUGGAGUGGCUACGGUUGUUAUUGAAGCAAAUGAUGAUCCUAAUGGGAUCUUCUCCUUGGAGCCUUUAGAGAAGACAGUGGAAGAAGGCAAAAGUAACAAUUUUUUGGUUUUGAGACACAGAGGACAUUUUGGCAAUGUCUCGUUGGCCUGGCAGCUGUUUGAUAACGACUCUGCGUUGAGGCCAGGAGAAGAAUUCCAUGAAACUUAUGGGACUGUGCACUUCGUGGAUGGUGAAGAAUCAAAGCCAAUAACACUCCGUGCUAUUUCAGAUAGUAUUCCUGAAUUCAAUGAAUUUUACAUUCUGAAAUUGGUGAAUGCUUCAGGUGGGUCUCCUGGUCCUGGUGGUCAGUUAUCAGAAACCAACCUUGCUCUCACCGUGGUGAUUCCGUUCAAUGAUGACCCUUUUGGAGUCUUUGUUAUAGAUCCAGAGAGCCUGGACAGAGAGGUAGUGGAAGAUGUUCUUUCUGAAGAUGAUCUUUCAUAUAUUACAGACUUCACCAUCCGAAGGCAACAAGGCACUUUUGGUGUGGUGCGAUUAGGUUGGGAAAUACUGUCUAGUUCAUUCCAGGCUGGACUACCACCAAUGGUAGACCUCUUGUUGCUGGGAUCAUUUCCAAGUUCAGUACAAUCUCAGCCCCACAUGAGACGCCAUCCCAGCGGAACAGAUGCUCUGUAUUUCAGUGGAAAAGAGGAUGCGUUUGGGAUUAUUGGUCCGGAAUACCCGUAUAAUGGAAAUACUGCAGUCACCAAUUUUACAUUUUCAGCGUGGUUAAUUCCUCACGUCAAUACUGAUGGUUACAUAGUUGAAAAGGACGAUGAUAAUGGGACCUUAUACUACGGCGUGAAAAUCCAAACAAACGAUUCUCAUGUUUCUGUAGUGCUUCACUAUACAGCAUUAGGAUCCAAUUUGACAUACAUGGCUAAAGCAACCGUCCUGAAGUAUCUGGAUGAAAAUACUUGGCUUCACCUUCUGAUAACUCUGGAUGAAAGUAUAAUUGAAUUUUACAUGGAUGGAAAUCCAGUUCUGGGAGGAAUGAAGAGCCUGAAAGGAGAAGCAAUUGCAGACGGUCCAGGAAUAAUGAGAAUUGGAGCAGGAAUCAAUGGCAGCAGUAGGUACACAGGGCUAAUGCAGGAUGUGAGGCUUUAUGAGCGUGAACUAACACGAGCAGAAAUCUAUGAACUUCAUGCAACUCCUGCAAAGAGUGAUGUCCACCCCAUCUCUGGGUAUUUGGAAUAUUGGCAAGGAGAGACCAAUAAAUCAUUCAUUGUAUCUGCAAAGGAUGACAAAGAGGAAGAAGGAGAAGAAUUAUUCAUCCUAAAGCUCAUUUCUGUGCGUGGUGGAGCUCGGAUUUCACAAGAAAAUACCACAGCAAGAUUAAGAAUACAGAAAAGUGAUAAUGCUAAUGGUUUAUUUGGCUUCACUGGAGCAUGUAUUCCUGAGACUGCCGAUGAGGGCUCCACUAUAUCCUGUGUUGUGGAGCGUACAAGGGGAGCCCUAGACCAUGUAUACAUAAAUUACAUUAUCUCACAGGUUGAUUCCACUGGUAUUAAUUACUCUGUUACCGAUUUUUCUAACAACAGUGGCACUAUCACGUUUCUUCCUUGGCAGAGAUCAGAGGUCUUAAAUUUGCAUGUUAUUGAUGAUGACAUUCCGGAGCUAAAUGAAUAUUUCCGUGUGACAUUAGUCUCUGCAGUGUCUGGAGAUGGAAAACUAGGCUCAACUCCUACCAGUGGAGCAAGUAUAGAUCCAGAAAAGGAAACUACUGAUAUCAGCAUCAAAGCCAGUGACCAUCCAUAUGGUCUACUACAGUUCUUGGUGGGGCCACCUCCUCAUCCAGGUGAUGGAAUGAUUCUGCCAGUCUCUGUUGUGCCCCAUAUUACUGUUAAAGAAGAGGUUGGACACAUCAGAUUACUGGUAGUUCGUGCCCAGGGCCUUCUUGGAACAGUUCUGGUGGAAUACAGAACAGUGCCACUUACAGCUUUCAGUCCUAAGGAUUAUCAGGCUGUUGUGGGCACGCUGGAGUUUCAGCCGGGAGAAAGAUACAAGUACAUUACUGUUAACAUCACUGAUAAUUCUGUUCCUGAAUUAGAAAAAACUUUUAAAGUGGAACUGUUGAAUCCAGAGGGAGGAGUUGCUGAGCUCUUUAGAAAUGAUGGCAGUGGUAGUGGUGAUGGGAACAUGGAUUUCUUCUUUCCAACUACCCAUCAACAUGCUAGCUUGGGCAUCGCAUCCCACAUCCUUGUGACUAUUGAGGCUUCUGAUGAUGCUCAUGGUGUGUUUGAGUUCAGUGCUGAGUCACUCUCGGUAAAUGGAACUGAGCCUGAAGAUGGAGACAGCAAUGUUGUGCUGCAGGUUGUGAGGACACAUGGCGCCUUGUCUCAGGUGACCCUGCACUGGACCAUAGUUGAUGACCUUACCAAAGACCUGAUCUCUACAGAUGGGAAUGUGACAUUUCAUGUUGGCCAAGUGAGAGAAAAUAUUACAGUACAGGUUUCUCCUGAUGAAGUUCCUGAAUUGGAUAAAGUGUUUUCAGUUUUGAUCACCAAAGUCUCCAGCGGUCGCCUUGGAAACCAUACAAAUGCAACGUUAACUAUUUUAGCUAAUGAUGACCCAUAUGGACUCUUCGUCUUUUCUGAGCGAAACAGACCAAUAAAAGUUGAGGAAGAAACAAAAAAUAUCUCCCUGACAAUAAUACGGCGUGGUGGUCUCCUUGGUACAGUGAUAGUGACAUACAGAACUAUGGGCGAUGGUGAAAAGCCACCUUUUCUUCCACCUGAUGUUGUUCGAGCAAAAGAGGGAAAAGAUUAUAUACCCGUUACAGGUUAUAUUAUCUUCACAGCCAACGAAAGUGAGGCCACGAUAUCUUUGCCUGUCUUGGAUGAUGAUGAUCCUGAGAGGUCAGAAUCCGUUUUUGUGGAGUUAAGCAGUAUUGCUCUGAUUGAGAAAGUACAGGAUCGGCCAAUUGUAAAUUCUCCUCGUCUUGGAUUAGUGGGCGAGACAAUAGCUCAUGUAAUUAUCAAUGCCAAUGAUGAUGCUUUUGGAACACUUCAGCUUUCAGCUUCAACUGUGCGAGUUGCUGAAAAUUAUGUUGGACCAAUCAUUAAUGUUACCAGAACUGGGGGGAUAUUUGCAGAUGUUUCUGUGAAAUUUAAAGCUAUGCCAAUAACUGCAACAGCUGGUGAGGACUACAGUGUAGCCUCGUCAGAUGUUGUCUUACUAGAAGGGGAAACAAGUAAAGCUGUGCCAAUCUAUAUAAUUAAUGAUAUCAAUCCUGAAGUUGAGGAGUCAUUUUAUGUUCAGCUGCUGAAUCAAACAACAGGAGGAGCCUUGCUUGGAUCUUUGACCAAGGCAGUCAUAACCAUUGAGGCUUCUGAUGACCCAUUUGGAUCCUUUGUUUUUCAGAUUACCGAGUUCACUGUGGAGGAGCCUGAAUUUGGAUCUGUAACCAUAAACCUGCCAAUAAUCCGCAAUGCUGGGACACUGGGUAAUGUUACUCUUCAGUGGGUUGCUACUAUUAAUGAGCAUCCCGCCAACGCUGACUUGCAGGUCGCCUCAGGCAAUAUUACUUUUGCCCCCGGGGAAGCCAUUCAGAUGUUGGUGUUGGAAAUCCUGGCCGAUGAUGUUCCAGAAAUAGAGGAAAUCGUCCAUGUAGAAUUAACUCAGGCCUCCAAUGGUGGUGCUAUUGGGUUAGAUGGCGUGGCAAAAAUUAUAAUACCUGCCAAUGAUAAUCCUUAUGGCACAGUUUUCUUUCAUCAACCCUUAUAUCGAAUUCAAGAGCCGCUAGAAAGAAAUUUUCUUGCAAAUGUAACAGUCAGGCGAAGUGGGGGAAGGUUUGGUCAGCUGCAGAUAUUUUACUGCACUUCUGAGACUGAUGUCGUAGCUUUGGCUGUCAAGCAAGGUCAGGAUAUCCUGACCUAUUAUGAGUCUCCUGUGCAAGGAAUUUCUGACCAGCCAUCCCAGACCAGAGUGAAGGUGUCAGCAGCAAGCGACCCACUGUAUGCCUGUGCAACUCAGUGCCUAAAAGAACAAGCCUGUUCAGCCUUUACAUAUUCCAGUGCCUCUGAGAUUCCUCUCUGCCUUUGGCUGACAUCAGAGAUCAGCCCGUUAACUAACGCUUCAGGGUUCUGGACCUACAAGAAGAACAUCACCAGUGCAUCCGCUCUCUUCAGCGCACAAGCCAUUGCUGGCAGCGAUUAUGAAUCCAUCACAAGGCAACGAGCCCUAAUGCAGGAGGGAGAAGAGUUUGCAAAUCUCACGGUUACCAUCCUCCCUGAUAGCCUGCCAGAGCUGGAUGAGAAAUUCACAAUAUCCCUUUUGAAAGUUGAGCUAAUGAACACCUCAGCCAGCUUGAAAAACCAGCCAACCCUAGGGCAGCCAAAUACUUCCACGGUUAUCAUAAUGAUGAACGGAGACGCGUUUGGGGUGUUUAAGAUCUACAGCGUAGGUCCCAACGCCGCAGAGGAAGGUCUGUAUAUCGAAGUGGAAGAACGUCCUCAGACCAACGUGCAGCUGAUGAUCCACAGGACAGAAGGCAGCUUGGGGCAGGUGACAGUGGAAUGGCGUGUGGUUGGGGGAACUGCAACCCCCAACUUGGACUUUGUAGGCGUUGGUGAGAUUCUGGUGUUCGCUGAAGGGGAAACAAAGAAGAUGGUUACUCUGACAAUUUUAGAUGAUCCGGAGCCAGAGGAUGAUGAAAGUAUCAUAAUCAGCCUGGUCCAUACUGAAGGAGGGAGUCGGAUUCUGCCCAGUUUUGACACUGUCACGGUGAUUAUUCUGGCAAGUGACAAUGUGGCAGGAAUCAUUAGCUUCCAGACAGCCUCAAGAUCUGUUAUUGGUCGUGAAGGAGAACAACUGCAAUUCCAUAUCGUAAGAACUGCCCCAGGACUGGGAAAUGUUACCAUUGAAUGGAAGAUUGCUGGGCAUAAUGUAAAACAAAAUUUUGAAAACUAUUCUGGAAUCCUUUUUUUCCCUGAGGAGACAUUGAAUACAACCUUGUAUGUUCACUUGCUGGAUGACCAUAUUCCUGAAGAGAAAGAAGAAUACCGGAUCAUCCUGUACAACAUCAAAACAGAAGGAGUUUCUUCUUCAGGUGCUGCUGUUUUGGAUAGUCAAGGAUAUGAAGCUGUUCUGACAGUAGAAGCUAGUGAUGAACCACAUGGAGUCUUGAAUUUUGCUUCCCCAUCCAGGGUGAUUUUAAUUCCAGAGGAAAACAAAACAGUUCAGCUUUUUAUUAACAGAGAAUUUGGAUCUCUAGGUUCUGUCAAUGUUACAUAUGCCACAGUUCCAGGACUCACCUUAAGUAAUCAGACAGAAGGGACCUUGGCUGAACCAGGAGCUGAUUAUGUAGCUGUUUCUGGCUCACUGAUUUUAGAAGAAGGGGAAACAUCAGCUGCUAUAAAUAUUACUAUUCUAGAGGAUGAUGUACCAGAGGUGCAAGAAUUCUUCUUGGUUAAUUUAACUUCUGUGGAACUCAUCAUGAACCAUUCAACUUCAUCCCUACCUAGACUGGAUGUGGAAGGUCUAGCUUCUCAAAUUAUUAUUGAUUCUAAUGAUGGAGUAAGCGGAGUAAUUGAAUGGGAAAGUAGCAAUUUUGAAGUUGAUGAAUCUCAAGGGAAUCUGACCAUAAUGGCAUACCGAAACAGAGGAUCGUAUGGCAAUGUGUCUGUAUUUUUUUAUGCCCAAAAUUUAGAGGCACAGCUGGGUUUGGAUUUUGAUGUAAUUUCAAGGACUCUUUUUUUUGCUGAUGGAGAAAGGAAUAAAUCUGUUGUUGUCACGAUUUUUGAUGAUAAUAUUCCUGAAGGUGAUGAGAAGUUCCAGUUAAUUUUAACAAACCCCUCUCUGGGCCUGGAAUUAGGGAAGAACACAGCAGCCACAAUUACUAUACUUGCCAAUGAUGAUGGCCAUGGAGUUUUGUCAUUCAAUAACAGUGAUCACUUCUUCCUAAGAGAGCAAACAGCUCUCCAUUUGAUGGAAAGUGUUGCAGUAUUGAGUAUUAUUAGAGAACCUCCUCAGGGGAUAUUUGGCACCGUGACUGUUCAAUAUCUUGUAAGUGAAAUUAAUUCUUCAGAAGCAUCAGUGGAUUUGACCCCUUCUCAAGGAUAUAUUGUGCUGGAAGAGGGAGUCAGAUUCAAG